CUGUAAUUCCGCUUUUCCAUUUUCUUGGUUGGAUUUUCAUUCUCGCAAUCAUCAUUUACAUUUUCCUUCUUCCUUCAACAAGUGUUCUUGCUUUCUAGGGUUUCGCCUAAAGCGCAGAUCUUUAUGAAAUAUCGCUGAGGUUUACAUGUUAAUUCCCGAGGGGAAUAAACUAUGCUUCUUUUGGUAUUGUGAAUGUUUAUAUGGUGUUUUUUUGUAGUGGGAUCCAUGAAAAUGCCGUUGUGCUCAGGUGUACUUGGGUGGUGUUUCUAACACUUGGUCGUUCCUAUUGCGGGGAGUGUGGUUGUAUAUAAAUGGCUGAUUCAAGUUCUGUAGACGAUAUACUCGAAUUCUUGAGAAGGAACAAGUUUACAAAAGCAGAGGUUGCUCUGAGAAGUGAAUUGGGUAACAGGCCUGACUUAAAUGGAAUUCUUCAAAAGCUUAAGCUCAGUGAUAGGGAGUCGGGUAGUAGCUCAAGCGAAGAAGCAAAUGGGGCAAAAGUAUUAGAAGAAGAUCAAAAAAUAAAAAGUUCUCGGACUAGUGGGGAAGGUCUUAAGGAUUCAAGCAGUGCUGAGGCUUCUAAGGAGCUAAUUGUGAAAGAGGUAGAGUGUGGAACAGGGAGAAAUGGGGCUGAGAACAAGUGGAAAAGCCGUGGUACUAUUGGAGAACAGACAAUGGUUGAUGUGAGUGUUGGAACAAGUGAUAAGAACUUCACCUUUUCCAAGAGUUCGGAUGACACUGUUCUUGAUUUGUAUUCAUGGAAAUACAGUACUGGCAAUGGUCCAGUUCCCUCUUAUAAGAAUGAUGACGGUAGUGUUGAUGAAAACAACUUUUUGGGGUUCCAGGUCUCUAGUACGACAAGGUUGAGUUCAGCUGAAGCUCUCAAUAGUGGUAAGGUUAACCUGAAAACUGGGGAAGAUGUUAGUUUUUCUGGUGAAAAGAGAAUGACUUGGCCUGGUAGUACUAGUAUGGUUGGUGCAGAAGCAGAGCAUGAGAGGAGUGAGAAGAGUGAGGUUAAGGAAGUUGAUCAAAAGAGAAAGGCAAGUGGUGCAUGCUCUAUAGAUGAUCUUGCUGAUGAUCCCUGGUCCAGAAGUAAUGUUUCAGCCCCUUCAGCUUCAGAGCUCUGGAAAGAUUGUUCGGUGAAAACUGUCUUUCCCUUCUCUGUGGGUGACACUUCAACCAGUUAUGACAGUGCUGCUGCCAUUAUUGAUAAAAAGGAGGGGAAAAGGAAAGCAGAAUUCAAUGAAAUUAGGGCAGCAAUAAAGAAUCAAGUAGAUGAGGUGGGAAGAGCUCUGUACUUUGGGAAGACUCAGGGAGGUGAGCCAAAAGAUCUUGGUGCAUUAGAAUUUCAUCUUGCAUCCGACAACCAAAAGGAAGACUUACCAAGGCUACCCCCUGUGAAACUUAAGUCAGAAGACAAGUCUUUCAAUAUUCAGUGGGAGGAAAAAUAUGAACGCGAAGGACCUGGUCCAAAGAUCUUGAAUUCUGACAAUUCAUAUCUCAUAGGGUCAUUUCUGGAUGUACCUAUAGGCCGAGAGAUCAAUCCUUCAGGGAAAAGGCCAGCUGGAGGCAGUUGGCUCUCUGUGAGUCAGGGUAUCGCUGAGGAUACUUCUGAUCUUGUUUCUGGUUUUGCAACUUUAGGUGAUGGAUUGAGUGAAUCCAUAGACUACCCCAAUGAGUACUGGGACUCUGAUGAAUAUGAAGAUGACGAUGAUAUUGGCUAUACAAGACAACCUAUUGAAGAUGAGACCUGGUUUUUAGCACAUGAAAUUGAUUACCCAAGUGACAACGAAAAGGGGACAGGGAAUGGAAGUGUGCCAGACCCUCAGGAGAGGGAACAGAACAAAGAUGAUGAAGAUGAUCAGUCAUUUGCUGAGGAGGAUUCUUACUUCUCUGGCGAGCGGUAUUUCCAAUCAAAAAAUAUUGAUCCAGCUGUAUCUUUAGAUAACCCUGUUGCCCUGUCUGCAACAGAGAUGUACAUGAGAAACAGUGAAAAUGCAGUGAUUGGUCAAUAUGAUGGACAGUUGAUGGAUGAGGAGGAGCUGAAUUUGAUGCGUGCAGAGCCUGUCUGGCAGGGCUUUGUCCCCCAAACCAAUGAACUCAUUAUGCUAGAAAAUGGAAAAGUUAUGAGUGAAUGUGGAAGGCCUUGUCUGGAUGAUAUCUGCAUGGAUGAUGAUCAACAUGGUUCAGUUAGAUCUAUUGGUGUUGGAAUCAACAGUGAUGCUGCUGAUAUAGGCAGUGAAGUGAGGGAAAGUUUGAUUGGAGGUAGUAGUGAAGGGGAUGUAGAGUACUUUCAUGAUCAUGAUGCUAGUAUUGGUGGUUCUAGAUACUCACAGCAUGACCUAUAUAAGAAUUCUGGUGAAAGAUCCAAGGACGACAAAAAUAUGACAAAGAGACAGAAUUCUGAUAAAUAUAUAAUGAGUAAUGAUAAAGGUUCAUAUACACAGGCAAAGAAUCACAUCGAUGGAGGAUUCUCAUUUCCUCCUCCUAGAGAUGGGCAGUUGGUACAAACAAGCUCAAGCAAAUCUUUGUGGUUAAACAAGGUUAACACGGUUGUCAGUGAUGAAACUGAUGACCGCGCAGUGGAGAAUGAUGGUGUGCUUACUUCAUGGAGGCGCAAAAGCAGUGACUCUUCACCAGUUAGGAGUUCAAGGGAUGACAAGUAUGUCAACACUGGGGAAUCAGCAAAUUCUAGUCCGUCAUCUCUUUCAAAUUAUGGCUAUACUGAAAUGGAACGUUUAAAGAAAGAAGAGGAUGUAAAAGCAGCUGCUAUAAGAGAAGAAGAUCCUGGGCCGUCAUUAGAAGAUGAGGAAGCUGCUGCUGUGCAAGAGCAAGUGAAGCAGAUCAAAGCACAAGAGGAGGAAUUUGAAACCUUCAAUUUGAAAAUUGUUCACAGGAAAAACAGAACUGGUUUUGAGGAGGAUAAAAAUUUCCAUGUUGUUUUAAACUCGGUUAUUGCUGGCCGCUAUCAUGUCACUGAGUAUCUUGGAUCAGCUGCAUUCAGCAAAGCCAUUCAGGCGCAUGACCUGCAUACAGGUAUGGAUGUCUGCGUGAAGAUUAUAAAGAACAAUAAAGAUUUCUUCGAUCAGAGCCUUGACGAAAUAAAGCUACUCAAGUACGUGAACAAACAUGAUCCCGCUGACAAGUAUCAUCUUCUUCGAUUGUACGAUUAUUUUUACUAUCGUGAGCAUUUGUUGAUUGUAUGUGAAUUGCUUAAAGCCAACUUGUAUGAGUUCCAUAAGUUUAACAGAGAAUCUGGAGGAGAAGUCUACUUUACAAUGCCAAGAUUGCAGUCUAUUACUAUUCAAUGCCUGGAAGCUCUUCAAUUUUUACACAGUCUUGGCCUCAUACAUUGUGACCUGAAGCCUGAGAAUAUAUUGGUGAAAAGUUACAGUAGAUGUGAGGUGAAGGUGAUUGAUCUAGGAAGUAGUUGCUUUGAAACAGAUCAUCUUUGUUCUUAUGUUCAGUCUAGGUCAUACCGCGCGCCAGAGGUAAUUCUGGGACUUCCAUAUGACAAAAAGAUUGAUAUUUGGUCGCUUGGUUGCAUCUUGGCUGAACUUUGCACAGGCAAUGUGCUCUUUCAAAACGAUUCUCCUGCCACUUUACUAGCUCGAGUAAUUGGAAUCAUCAGUCCGAUUGAGCAAGAUAUGCUUGCUAAAGGACGUGAUACAUACAAAUAUUUCACCAAAAAUCACAUGCUUUAUGAAAGAAACCAGGAGACUAACAGACUGGAAUAUUUGAUACCCAAAAAAUCAUCCUUGAGACAUCGGUUGCCAAUGGGAGACCAAGGCUUCAUUGACUUUGUUGCUCAUCUGCUAGAAAUUAACCCAAAGAAGCGGCCUUCUGCAUCAGAGGCUUUAAACCAUCCAUGGUUACAAUAUCCUUAUGAACCAAUAUCAUCCUGAAGAGUAUAUGGUUCCAAGAUGGAAUACCUAUCUUGAAGGUUUGCUCGCAGCUCAGAUACAAGUGUAUUCAUAGGACCGGAUGAAAACUGGCCCCGGUUCUUGCCUACGCUUCAAUUAGCAAAUAGAUGACUAAUGGGGUUGUAAUUCUCAAGUUUCCGCUCAAUUGGGAGGUGUGAUUGGUUUCAAAGAUGAAGACCGAAUCUUCCUUUACCCCACCACAAAGUUGUAUUCUGAUUUUUCACAACUCAAAUGUAGUCUUUUGCGCAGCAUGUAUCGGUAGGAUUUUCUGUUUUUGCUUCAUUUUGUUGGGUGGAAAGGCAGCCUUCACUCUUGUUGUACAUGAUGUGUGAUAAUUCUUUUUAGGUUAUUUUAGUUAUAAUAGCUUUUGAUAAUAGAUGCUUAUCCAA